AUGUCGACCAAGGCGAACUACCAGAUUGUUCGUGUGAAUGCCACACGACCACAACCAACGACAAAAGCAAAGCCGGAUGAAAAAAAUCCCCCAGCAGCAGAUUUCCUCUGGAUCAACGCCCAGGAGGAGGACCCGAAGGAUCGAGAUGCCUCCCGAGAGAAACAGGCGUUCAUCAGGACGAGGCAUCACCGUUUGAAGAAAGAAUCACAGAUGCGAAGCUUGAAAUCGUCGAUGCAAAAGCAGCCAGUGCGGUGUGAUUCUCCACAGUCUGAGACGGUCAGCGACUAUAUCUCCAAUGAUUCUCGAAGUAGUCGCAAUUCUCAAAAUGACCGCUCCUUAACUGCUAAGCCACCAGUCUUGUGUCAGUCUCUCGAGGCAUGCAUUUCGAUGGCAUUCCCCUACCUCUCUCGCCCUACUAACCAAAGUAUGUCGUUAUACCUUCAACACUAUCAAGUUCAUGCCACAAAAUUAUGCUUCCCUUUGGGCGAUAGCCAGAUCACAUUUCGAUAUUUGCGAAUGGCCCUCAAUCAUCCAGCUUUAGUCCAAAUCCUCCUCUCUACAAGUGCCUUUCAUCGGGCCACCGUGCAUUAUGUUAGUGGUGCACCGCCUCAAAUGAUCCAGAGCUCGACACAAGAUGCGAUUCGGUUGCGAUCAGAAACAAUCAAAUCACUCCAAGGGAUUUUGAUAAAGCCGUACGAGUUCUAUUCGGAAGCGACUUUGAGGGUGAUUGCCCACAUCAUGUGUGUAGAGGCAGCCGAGGCUAAUAUACUGGCAGUCCGCGCUCAUGAAAAGGCUAUCAAGAAAAUCAUUGAUGUCUUGGGUGGAUUGAAUAAUUUGGGUUACGAUGCACUUUCUAUACUAUACGUCUGCGACCUCAUGAGAGGCCUGAUUAACGAUAAGCCAGUUCAACUAAACAAAUCAUGGAAAUGGGAAUUCAAAGUCCGCAAGGAGUGCCCUUUUCUAUGGGAAAACUAUGAGAUCGCUCCCUCAUUCGUCGGACGUCGCUUCUUCACCUCCCCCUGGUCCUCGGAUCUUCAUCCAGAGCUUAUAUCAUCUCUGUGUUCAUUAAAAAAGCUUGUGUCAUUAUAUGAGAAUGUGAGCUGCUCAUCCUGGAAACAGACACGCAUGGACAAUGACGGACUGCUUCUCCUGAACCAUGAACUAUUAACACUGGCACACGACCGCUCCCUCCCAGCAUUCCAAGAUACACUCCGACUCGCAAUCUUAAUCUAUACCGUGGUUCGAAUCAGGGGAUUUGGAGGCAUGCCAUGUGCGGAUAUUUUUGUCAGUACUCUUCGAAAAAGCCUCCAAGCGAGCUCGGCCUCUCUCAAGAGCACUGCGCCAGAUCUUCUUCUCUGGAUCUUAUUCAUCGGCAGCCUGGCCUCUAGGGGUCGAAGUUGCCAUUCUUCGUUUUUGCAAAAACUUCAAGAAUCCGCCCAUGAACUGUCACUUGAGAGAUGGGACAGUGCGGUCGUAGUUCUGCAGGAAUACUUCUUCGUCUACCGAUCAUCGGACGGACCUGUGAAGGAGAUGUGGCAUUCGGCAUUCCUACAACCGUUCACAAGAGUCUUGGAAGAGUGA